AUGGAGAUCAACUGCAUCCCCAACAAUAUUGAAAAGUAUAUUUCCUUCUCCAUCGAUAAACUAGAUUUUAUUGACUCACUUCAGUUUAUGAACGCUUCCCUCGAACGGUUGGUGUCUAAUCUUUCAAAGAGUGGCGCAGAUAUGUUUCCAAUCCUCCAGAGAUAUGUUGAAUCUGAGAAAGUGUCCUUGCUUCUGAGGAAAGGCGUAUAUCCGUAUGACUACAUGGAUAGUGUGGAAAAGUUUGCUAAAGAAACUCUGCCUCCUCAAGAAUGCUUCUACAGUGUUCUACAUGAUGAACACAUUACCGAUGCUGACUACAACCACGCUACUCGCGUCUUCGAGGCUUUCAGUUGCCAAAGUAUGGGAGACUAUUAUGAUUUGUACUUAAAAUCGGACGUUCUGCUCCUUGCUGAUGCAUUUGAAAACUUCCAAAACGUCUGUUUAAAAGCAUACAAUCUAGAUCCUUGUCACUUUUACACAAGUCCUGGAUUGGCGUGGCAAGCUUGUCUAAAAAUGACAGAAGUGGAGCUAGAGUUACUGACUGAUCCAGAUAUGUAUUUAUUUAUCGAAGAAGGGCUUCGUGGUGGAAUAUCCAUGAUAAGUAACCGUUUCGGUAAGGCGAACAAUCCGUACUAUGACCCUGAUAAAGACUCAUCUUACGUGAUGUAUCUCGACGCUAAUAAUCUUUAUGGCUGGGCUAUGUCACAACCUCUACCAACUGGUGAAUUCGAUUGGUUAAAUGAAGAAGAGAUCUCCAACCUUGACAUCACACAAAUUCCAGAUGACUCUGAGGAAGGUUAUAUUCUCGAAGUCGAUUUAAAGUACCCUAAGGGGUUACAUGAUCUACAUAAUGACUAUCCGUUGGCUCCUGAAAAGAUGAAAUUCUCCUGA